AUGGCAUUGGUCAGCACAUUGGUCAGCACUUUGGUCAUGGCAUUGAUCAUCAACGCAAUCAUUCCUCUGUCUACAACAUUAGAUGUCAGUUGCCAGUUAGAACGGUAUCUUGCGUACGAGGAAAUCGCGGAUGUUGCGGCCCACCGGGAAGCGGAAGAUGCACAGGUCGAGCAGGAUGAUGGCGACGAUGAUGGCAACGAUGACGGCGGCGAUGGCGGAGUAGGGAGGGUCAUGGUCACCUCACUGCUCAUUUGCCAGUUAGGUGAUCUGUGGAAUAAGGAUUACGAUGUUUGCGCUAACAAAUCGCUGAGAUUAGCUGUAGAACGCGAUGCAGAAAGGUAUCUUGCGUACGAGGAAAUCGCGGAUGUUGCGGCCCACCGGGAAGCGGAAGAUGCACAAGUCGAGCAGGAUGAUGGCGACGAUGAUGGCAACGAUGACGGCGGCGAUGGCUUGGGGGGAAGGGGGGGAAGUAGUCACCUCACUGCUCAUUUAGGUGAUCUGUGGAAUAAGGAUUACGAUGUUUGCGCUAACAAAUCGCUGAGAUUAGCUGUAGAACGCGAUGCAGAAAGGUAUCUUGCGUACGAGGAAAUCGCGGAUGUUGCGGCCCACCGGGAAGCGGAAGAUGCACAAGUCGAGCAGGAUGAUGGCGACGAUGAUGGCAACGAUGACGGCGGCGAUGGCUUGGGGGAAGUAGUUACUUCACUGCUCGUGUGA